AUGUCUAGCCCCGGACUGACCCCGAACCAGUUCUCCCCUGCACAGGCCGACCAAUCGAAAGCCCUCGACUCGGACACCGAUCAAGAACGAGAUCGCCCUCCUGCCCCGGCCAAGUCUCCUUCGGAGUUGCUCUCUGGCGUCUACCGCGGCUUCAAGAAAUUUGCGCCCAGUCGAGACGACAGCCUACGCCGGCAACCGUCCUUGCUCGGCCUGCGAAGCACCACGCCUACUAGCUCCGCGUCCUCCCCCUCGCCUACCACGGACGCACGAUCUCCGCCCCCGCCGCCCAUUGUGCAGCAUGCGAGGAGUCUGAGCCUACAAAGCAGUCUUGCCAAGCCUCUCCCAGAACCGCCCCCAGAGCAGUCCGAAGCGGACAGUUUUCCAGCCCCAGCAGCUGCCUCUAGCAUCGCGAACAACCUGGACGCCAUACCGGAGGACCUGCCCGUCAUGGCGGACAGUCGGACAAGCACAAUGGACUCGAACGUCACCGGUCCUGCAUCCGCCGGUCCUUCGCCUUCAGUCGCCCAGACCAGGGGUCCCGCCGUUGCCACCUCUGCCUCUUCCUCGUCUGCCCACCUGUCGGGUUUGAUGUGCAACGUUCACAGGACUACGGGGAAGGAACCUCAUCCAUUGGUUGGCGCGACGACCACCAUACUCGGCGACAAGCUCUACGUGUUUGGUGGAAGGAUCUUGUCUAGAAGCCGGCCUGCCCCCUUGACGGCCGACCUGUAUGAACUGGACCUCAUUCGAAGACACUGGACGAGGCUCGAGACCACAGGCGACAUCCCGCCGCCACGAUACUUUCACUCCAUGUGCCCACUCGGCGAUACGAAGAUGGUGUGUUACGGAGGCAUGUCACCGACACGAAUCAGGCUGGCGCAGCGCAAGAUCAGCAGCCCGAGCCGCAAGUGGACGUACAUCCCCACGCAGGAUCCCCCUCAAGGUCGCUAUGCGCACUGCGCCUGCAUCCUGCCGUCGUCGGCGUCCUUUUCGUCUCACAAGGCCCCGCUGUCCGCACUUCAACACAACCCUCCCUCGGCGAAUCCUAACGAGGGCAGGAUAGGGAUCAACAUCGAUGGGUCUGGCGGCGCCGAGAUGAUUAUUGUCGGCGGACAAGACGGUGCUAAUCACUAUAUCGAGCAGAUCAGCGUUUUCAACCUGCGGAGCUUGAAAUGGACAUCAACCCAGUCUCUCGGCAAGAGCUGCGGCGCCUACAGGAGCGUUGUUGCGCCUCUUCCGCCGUCCGUCACGUCUAAGAUAGGCAAAGCGGGUGUCAACGGCUCACAACGCGAGGGCGGCAUCAGCCAAGAAGCCCGAGAGCCUGGCUCAUCAAUGCUCAUCUACUCCAACUACAACUUCUUGGACGUCAAGCUAGAGCUCCAGAUUCGAUCAUCCGAUGGCUCUCUUUCCGAAAAGCCAAUGUCUGGCGCGUAUUCGCCGCCGGGCUUGCGUUUCCCCAAUGGCGGCGUCAUUGACACGCACUUUGUGGUCAGCGGCACGUACCUGACCUCCUCAAAGCAAGAAUAUGCGCUGUGGGCACUCGACUUGCGAACAUUGACGUGGUCUCGAAUUGACGCGGGGGGGCAGUGUGUUCAGCCAAGGCAGUUGGAACCGCGCCUUGUUGACGACUACAACCAUCGCCGUAUCAACUUCUCCAACGUUUGCAUGGUGGAGCUCGAAGCAUUCGGGUUCUACGACAACCCGAGGAAGACAGCGCCACUGUCUGGAUUCGUGUCGUCCAGCAGCCCCUUUACCGGUCCUGACCUCAGCUUGGCCAGAAAGGCUGGCUGCACCGCGGGCGGGCGAUUCCAUUCCAGAGCGUCCGAAGAGCUGGGUGAAAAGGCUUUGGCGCUACGAGAGCUUUCAGACAUGGAUAUUCUGUGCUUGCACGGCGAGAGGAUACCUGUGAAUUCGCGGAUUGUGGCCAGGCGAUGGGGCCCCUACUUCGUUCAGUUGCUACGUGAAGGUGCCGCGACACAGGACGGCAGCGAUGCCAUGACCCUCCGAGGUGGCCUUUCUAACACAGUGAGGAACUCUGGCGUGACCAUUACGCCGUCGAGGGACCGGGUAGAAAGCAUCACAUCCAUGGGUAGCACCAUUGCCUCGUCAUUCGGCUCCUCUGGCAAGCAGCCAAGCACAGCACCGUCGAGCAUCGCCGGAGGUGCGUUUUUACCCCAAACCGGCCUCGACGCCAACAAUCCCAACGCAGCCCCCACACCCAUCAGUCUGCCGCCGAGGUCACGCCCAAGGUGCCUAUACCUUCCUCACACCUACCUAACGGUUCAGGCACUGCUCCACUUUGUGUACACCUCGUCGUUGCCUGCCCCGUCAUCGCCGCUAUGCACGCCCCCGAUCCUUUGCUCGCUGCUCCAGAUUGCUCGGCCCUACCGCAUAGACGGGCUGCUGGAAGCCGUGGUUGAACGUCUCCACGUGCUUCUGGAUUCGCGGAACGCCGCGGCCGUCUUCAAUGCCACGGCCAUGGCUGCCGGUGGCGGCCGGGGCAUCGAUGGGUCGCUGAACCCCAACUUCUUCGUGCCACCCGUUGACCUCAUUGCCUCGCUCGAGUCGGCACCCGCAUCAGAGGCCUCUCGCGACAGCGACAACAACAGCGAAGCGCACAACGCCGCCCUUCGCCUCAACACGACUGUGCAGCAACAGUCCAGCAGACCCGGCAGCGGCGAGCUCAGCGCGACAACGAGCCAGAGCGGCUCUGAGUGGAGCUCGGAGAUUGGCGAGUCAGAAGGCGGGGGUGUCAGGGAGAUUUGGAGCGGCGAGCUCAGCUCCGUCAUUGGGCUGCAGAAGCGCGGUCUCCGGGGGCUGAUGGAGGGUAGGCGGAUGCGUGAAAGGACCGGCACCGGGACGGGCAGCGUCAGCCAGUACGGGCCGCAGUCGCGGGUGGGGCUAGGCAUUGCCAGCUCGUAG